AAGAACAGAGUUUGCAACUUUGACCGAUCUUCGUAGGCUUCGCCAACUGAGAAGAAGAAGAAGGAAGGUGAUUUUCACAGACCCAGAUCAUCUGUCAGACUGCUUUGCUGGUUUGGAUGGGAAGAAAGUUACUGGAAAUCAGCUGUCGCUGUGUUGGUCAUCAAUUCACAGGAUUCAAGUUUCCAAAUAGGGGGGCUAGAUACAAUUCAUUUCUUCACACAAUCCUCACUGGGAUUUUUUGAUAUUUCUUGGGGGUGAUCUCGAGUCCAGCUUUCUUGGCAUUAUCUAUGCCUGUCUGUUUCUCUCCAGGCUCAACUCUAAGCUUCGGCCAGGCUGUUUGGGAGUCAUUUUUUUUGUUAUAUCAACUCAACCUACAGUUGUUAUUGGAUCCUUACACCAAAUACAUACCCUUCUGAAUCCUACAGGCUGAUUUGGACUAAUUGUAGUCCGUCAAUCAACGAUCUCUUCCGGUAGCUGACGUAGCUUUAGCUAUAUGACCAAGGACGAAACGACGAGUGACUGCUCCUGGAGUAGAGAGCAGGAUAAAGCGUUUGAGAAUGCACUGGCGACGUACCCGGAAGAUUUGGCUGAUCGAUGGGAGAAGAUAGCCGCCGAUGUGCCCGGGAAAACUGUAGAAGAGAUUAAUCGUCACUAUGAAAUUCUGGUCGAUGAUGUCAAUAGGAUAGGGUCGGGUUGUGUGGAACUGCCUCCUUACAGUUGUUCAAAGGGUUCAGUGAGCCAUGGCAGCGAUGAGACGAGUAGUAAGAAGGGCGGUCAUGUUGGGAAUCUCCAUGGCGACUCCAAUCACGGGGUGAAGGCAUCGAGGUCAGACCAAGAACGUCGGAAGGGAAUUGCUUGGACGGAAGAAGAACACAGAUUAUUCCUACUUGGCUUAGAUAAAUAUGGGAAGGGAGAUUGGCGAAGCAUUUCCCGAAACUUUGUGGUGACAAGAACACCUACACAAGUGGCUAGCCAUGCCCAGAAGUACUUCAUAAGGUUGAACUCGAUGAACAAAGAUAGGAGGCGUUCUAGCAUUCACGAUAUUACCAGUAUUGACAACAGAGAACUCUCGACACCCCAAGCACCAAUCACUGGUCAAACAGACAGUUCUACGGCAGGAGUUUCAUCCAGCAAACCUAGUAAACAGUCCUCUCAACCACCAACUGGCCCUGCCAGUGUCAGUAUUUAUGGUGCUCCAAUGAUCGGGCAACCAAUAGGCGGGCCGCUUGUUUCUGCUGUCGGGACUCCAGUGAACCUCCCUGGUCCCUCACUUAUGGCAUAUGGUGUUAGAGCCCCGGUGCCAGGGGCCAUGGUUCCUGGUGCACCCAUGAAUGUAGGUCACGUAACAUAUUCGAUGCCGCAUGCAUCAGCUCAGAGGUAAUUAGUACAUGAGAUGUAAAUUAAAGACUGAAAGGUAUAUUGGUUGUGCUCUGUGAUAUAGCAAGGAUCACUACUUAGAGUCCUGUUCUGUGAGGUCUGUUGUCUCGAUUCUUUGGUGGCCUUCUUUUGGCCUUGCAUCUAUUUUCUUGAUUGUCUCUUCUCUGCUUACGAGUAGUGCUUGUGAGAUGAGAAUAUACUAUGCUUAGAAAUUCAAACCAAUUCGAGUUCUCCGAUUGUCAGUGGAUCUUGGGA